AUGGCUGCCUUCAAUGCCAUAUUCGGGAUCCCGUCCGGACCAGGUGCUUUACUCGGGUCGAGGGACUUUGCCACCGUCAAUAUCUCUUCUACCGUCACCCUCUCCACCGCUUCAUCAUUUGCUACCCUCGCUGCUGGCGGCCAUUAUAUUUCGACCGUUGUUGGAUACAGUUGUUUCCGUGAAGUGCUCCUUGAGAAUAAUUACAUAAACCUAAAAAUUGAGUCUAAUCCGGAAGCACCGGCUGAGGAACCGGAGGUUGAAGAACAGCCGCCCGUAGAAUCAGAACCGGUUCAACAUGAGGAAGCGGAAGCAGUGCCAGAUCCGGAGCCGGAGCCAGCACCGGAGGCUGAACCUGGGCCAGUGAGUGAACCGGAUCCACCGGAAGGUCCCCCGGAGAUCGCAAUAGAUGAGGCCACCGGUGAGUCCGGGGCGGAAAACUUGGAUGACGAUGACGAAGAGCACGAACAUGCCCCAGGAGGAGCUCAUGAUACCGAGGAAGAGGAAGAACCCGAGGAGGAAAUAUCCGAAGAAGAUCUACUGCAGCGUCGGCGGGAAGAAUGCGAGCGGAAGGCCCGUCGAGGGGAGAUGGACCCCCGGUUGGAGUUCACCUUCCAGCUGUUGAUGGACGCCACCGGGCUGCCCCGGCAUCAGAUCAUGGAUCAUAUCUUCGAGGGUAACAUGCUGGAUGAAAUCAACCAGCUCUUCCUGCCGAACAUGCGCAACAAGCUGAUGUGGUUCUACCAAGAGGUUGACGAAGUGGAUCUACCUGCGGAACGGGAUAUAACCAAGCCCGGCCCGUCCAGGGCGGGAGCUUCAAGCUCGUCGAAAACCCCACAAGGAGCUUCGGGAGCGGGACACCACAAGCAGCACAAACUGUUCAUCACCGAUGGCUGGAGCUGUGCGUUUACCGGAAUCUGCAUCUACAUGUUCCGCAUCAACAUCCAGAAGCAGCUGCCCGAGGAAGGUUUCCACAAAGAUUUGUACUGUGGCUACAUAGACGCCCACCGCGUGGGCCUGGUGACAUCGAUCGAGCGCAUCGUCGAGCACGUUUUCAUGCAAGCUCUAGCCUAUCCCAACAUCGAAUCCGAAGAUGAAGAAAUGAGCUGUAAUCUGAUCAAGUCACAACUGUUACCCGGGUUGCGCUCAUUCUGCAGUGCCCUACGCGUUUGCGAGCAAGUCUGCAAUCAUUUUAACGUGUUUGAUGAUGGGAAAAUAAUUGUCUGUCGUGUGGAUACUCUGGCAGAGGUUAGAGAAAUGUCAAAAAGUGCGUCAACCUGUGCCGAGCUGGAGGAACGGGUCAACAACUGGAUCAAGGGCAUUGCUAAAAUCCUUAUGGAGAGCGAACAGCUACGUCGCGAGAAUGAUUCUAGUGGACCUCAGGAUGAGUUGGAGUACUGGAAGCGUCGUGGAGCGCAGUUCUCUCAACUGCUGUCCCAUCUACAGGAACGCGAAGUUCAGUGGACGUUGUACUGCCUGUCGCAGUCUGGCUCAAAAGUGUUGAAGCAAUGGAAAGAGACCGACAAAAAAAUUACAUUCUGCUACAAUGAAGCUCGCGAUAAUUCAAAGUUUAUUCAAGCAAUGGAGGCUUGUUGUCACUCGCUUUACCUCGACGAUCCCGUAAAUAUGAAGGAGUCGAUAGUAAGCCUCCUGCAAACCGUCCGAUUGAUCUACAGCGUGUCGCAAUUCUACAACACUUCUGAGCGUACGUCUACGCUGAUGGUGAAAAUCACCAACCAGAUGAUUGAAACGUGCAAGUCAUACAUCACUUGCCGAGGAAAGGAAACGAUUUGGACCCAGGACCGGGACCUAGUUCGCACCAAGCUCACAAACUGUUUGAAGUUGAAUCACAUCUAUAGAGAAACCUAUCACGCUGUAAAAUCCCAACCGUUCCUCCCGGAUCAAAUACCGUUCGCCUUCUCGGAAAACUACGUCUUUGGAAAGUUCGACACCUUCUGCGAUCGUCUGUCGAAAAUAAUUGCCAUGUUUAAUUUGAUCGAUGACUACAACCACCUAUUUGAGAGACGUCUCGAAGGGUUGCUCUUGGGCGAAGCUCUAGAAGACGCCAUGAACACCUUCGACGAAGCUCGGGUUGAGAUCAUCAUGAAGAAGUACGACUACCUAGACCAACGCAACGUAGACUUUAACAACGACUUCCAAGUCUUCAUGCAGAAAACUGACACUCUGAAAGAAACCAUCGCAUCCAUGAUUGAGCACAACUUUGAUAGCGUUUGGGAGACACCCCAAGGAAUCCGGUUUUUGGUUCGCUUCGAGAAAGUCAGCGAGAAGAUUCCCCUCAGUACUAUGGACGAAAAGUACCAACGAGUGUCCAAGUAUUGCGAGAAGGAAAUCGAUCGCAUACUAAAGCUUUAUCGGAAGCAACGGGAUGAUCCACCUUUACCGCGAAACUUCCCACCAAUAGCCGGACGUAUAAAGUGGUGUCGUUCGUUGGAGUACCAUCUGGAGGAGCUGGUUACUACGGUGACCACUCAUCCGGUACUAGCCGCGCUCCCCACCACGAAAGAUAUCGAGAACCGUUACAGCUCGGCCAAAGUCAUCUUGGCGGAGUACGAACAGGAAAUGACCCAAAUUUGGCUCAGUCAGGAUGUUAGUGUGGCGGACGCCUGUCUGGUGCAGCCGAUCCUGGCUCUACAAGGGGACAGACUUGUCGUCAACUUGCAUCCUACUAUACCGCUGCUUAUACGUGAAAGCAAGUGCAUGGCGAAAAUGCAAAUCGACCUACCGAUCGUCGCCGCCACCUUACUCUGCAAGCAGACACAUUUUAAUACAAUACAGGAUUCUCUGAAUAGUCUUAUCAAAAUGUUUUUAAGCACCAUCAAGAAGGUUAAAUUGGAAGUGAGACCAUUGUUGUUGCCACAACUUGUACGUUUGACGGCUAUGCUGAAACCUGGGCUCAAAUCCAUCAACUGGACCAGCCCUAGAUGGAUCGAGUUCUACGAUAACUGUAAGGAGGCCAUCGAAAUGUUUGAUGUGCUGGUGGCACGCGUUCACGAUAUCUACUCCAAUCGAAUCUUGCACGUGCUGACAUCCAUGCAGGACAUACAGCUGCAAUCGCUUCCAAACGACGACGAAAUGUGGGCGGUGGAUGAGUUUCUGGAGAACACCGAGGAAACUUGCCGUCAAGCGGCGACCGAGCUGAAUCGCAAAAGCCAGAUGGUCGAGGAGGCAGUCGAAGAAGUCUUGGAUUUGGUGCAUCGUGCUUCUCAAAUUUUCAAAAGAAUGGUCGGUGCAGAAAAUGACUUUUUCGUUGACGAAGAGAAAAAACCAUCGGAGAAGUCAUCCCCCACUCCGGAGGGAGAUAAUGAUGACGGAAGCGGCCAGCAGCAGGAUUGGAGCAUCCUUUGGUCCUGCUUCGAGAACCCAUUGCAGCUACUGUCGCACCAUGGCGGUGGUCUUCCGAAAGGAAUGCAAGACAUGGUAUUCAAUGCUGUCUCGGAGAUGCGACGCUACUACAGUCGCAAGGUGAUCGAUGUCCUCAUACGUGUGACCAGAACUUCUCUGGACUGCCUGAGGCGGCGGUUCAUCGAGGUCGAAGGCGAAGAUCUACCGCGAAAACCGAUUUUCAUUCUCCAAUCCUUGCUGAUGAUACCGAAUGUGACCAUCAGGCCGAACCUAGAAGAGCUGCAAGAUGCGUUGACGAUUGCCGGUAAACAGAUAACCGGUGUUUCCAAGGGCGUGGCACAGUGGAACACCGGCAAGGAUAUCGACGAUAAGCCAAGACCUUCGGCUGCCGCUCUUGCUUCGGCCGCAACGGCAGCCAAGCUGGCGAAAGCCAGCGCUGCCACUCUGGACGAUAAAUCUCGGCGGCGCAAAAUGUACCGACUGCAGUCGGAGGAGAAACCCAAGAUGAUACACAUGACGAAAAGUUUCUACAGCUACGUGAUGGACAACAAGGAAGUUGUCAAAACGCUGUCGUUGCUGUCGAGCUGCAUCCGGAACAUGAAACCAGAGCUGCACCAAUUUGUGGACAAGUGGAAGCCGUACCACUUUCUGUGGAAGAACGAUAAAACCAUCCGACAGCUGCUGGAGUGCAGCCUGUUUGAGUUCGAAGGCACGCUUCGUCGUUUGGUGGACUUGGAUAUGAACUUGCUGGUGGAAAAAGAUAUGCAAUACUUUGGGCAAAGCAUUGCCUUGUCUACGGAGAAGCUGAAGUUUGGAUUAACCAUUGAGAUCAAGUCUUGCACUCACAAACUAGGACAGGCGAUGAAGAAGAAAUAUAAACGCGAGAUGGACUACGUGUACGCGGUAAUCAACGAGAUGGACCGCAAGCUGGAUCGCCAGAUCCGCGACCUGGACGAUGUCCGCACGGUUAUGGACACGCUCGGUAAAAUCCGCGAGCAGGAGGUCGAUAUGGAGCUGAAGAUUGAACCGAUCGAGGAAGCAUUCAACAUGAUGCACAAGUACGAGAUCCCGGUCGAUCGCGAGCAAAUGGAUCAGGUUGACAAUCUGCGCUACACUUGGGUGCGCUUGCAGUCUCGUGCCAAAGAGGUACACUGCAAACUGCUUGAGAUGCAACCAGAUUUCCAAAGCGACCUGCGCGCCAAUUUGGAGAGAUUUAAGCAGGACAAGAUAGACUACGUUGCCGAGUACAGGGUGUCCGGGCCCAUGGAACCAGGCCUGACGCCUCGCGAAGCAUCCGACAAGUUGUUGCUCUUCCAAAAUCGAUUCGACGGCAUGUGGAGGAAGCUCCAGACUUAUCAGAGUGGCGAGGAAUUGUUUGGUUUGCCUCAAUCAGACUAUCCUGAACUUGGCCAGAUCAAGAAGGAGCUGAACUUGCUACAGAAGUUGUACAAGCUUUACAACGAUGUCAUUGAUCGGGUCAGCAGCUACUAUGAUAUUCCUUGGAGUGAUGUCGACAUCGAAGAGAUCAACAACGAACUGAUGGAGUUCCAGAAUCGGUGCCGCAAGCUACCAAAGGGUCUGAAGGAAUGGCCCGCCUUUUACGCCCUCAAACGAACAAUUGAUGACUUCAAUGACAUGUGUCCAUUGCUUGAGCUUAUGGCAAAUCGAGCGAUGAAACCACGUCAUUGGCAGAGAAUCAUGGAGGUGACAAAAUAUACCUUCGAGUUUGACAGCGAAGGUUUUACGCUGAAGCACAUUCUGGAAGCGCCCUUGCUAAAGCACAAGGAAGACAUCGAAGAUAUCUGUAUUUCGGCAAUGAAAGAAAAAGAUAUCGAGGCGAAACUAAAGCAGGUCACAAACGAAUGGUCCGCUCACGAACUCAGCUUCAUGACCUUCAACAACAGAGGCGAACUGUUGCUACGGGGUGAUACAACCGCCGAAACUAUUGGGCAACUGGAAGACAGCCUUAUGGUGCUUAGUUCACUUCUCUCCAAUCGAUACAACGCACCAUUCCGCAAACAGAUUCAACAGUGGGUCUACGAUUUAUCCAACUCGAAUGAUAUCCUUGAGAGAUGGUUACUCGUACAAAAUAUGUGGGUCUACCUGGAAGCUGUAUUCGUCGGGGGUGACAUUGCGAAGCAGCUACCGAAAGAAGCGAAACGUUUCUCCAAGAUUGACAAAUCUUGGCAAAAGAUCAUGCAGCGCGCCCACGAGACUCCGGGUGUAGUUGCCUGCUGUGUAGGCGAUGAUUUACUCAAGCAACUGCUUCCGCAUCUACAAGAACAACUUGAACUGUGUCAGAAAUCGCUGAGUGGUUACCUGGAGAAGAAACGCAUGAUGUUCCCGAGGUUUUUCUUCGUGUCCGAUCCAGCGCUGCUGGAGAUUCUCGGACAGGCGUCCGAUUCACACACGAUACAAAAUCAUCUACUGUCGAUCUUUGACAACACCAGAUACGUAAAAUUCCAUGACAUCGAGUACAACAAAAUGAUGGCGAUUACUUCCUCAGAAGGCGAGAUGAUUCCACUGGAUCGUGCAAUUCGGGCAGAAGGUUCAGUCGAAACGUGGCUAACGUCAUUGCUGCAAUCGAUGCAACAAUCGCUCCAUUCCAUCAUUCGUCAGGCAUAUCAUCUGAUGAAUGAUCCCAACUUUACAUUAUUAUCCUUCCUGGAAAAACUUCCCGCCCAAGUUGGCCUACUAGGUAUCCAGAUGAUUUGGACCAGGGACGCCGAGAUGGCGCUCAUGCAAGCUCGCCACGAGAAGAAAGUCAUGUCGGAAACCAAUAAUAAAUUUUUGGAACUGUUGAACACUCUGAUCGAUCAAACCACGCGAGAUUUAUUGAAGAUUGAACGCACCAAGUUCGAAACCCUUAUUACGAUUCAUGUCCAUCAACGGGACAUUUUCGACAUCCUGUGUCGAAUGAACAUCCGCUCGGCAAACGAUUUCGAGUGGUUAAAGCAAUGUCGUUUCUAUUUCAAGGAAGAUGUCGACAAAACCUGGAUUAACAUUACAGACGUGACUUUCGUUUAUCAAAAUGAGUACUUAGGAUGCACCGAUCGGCUUGUAAUCACACCGUUGACCGAUCGUUGCUACAUCACGCUAGCUCAGGCACUGGCUUUGAGCAUGGGUGGAAGUCCUUGUGGACCCGCAGGUACUGGAAAGACCGAAACGGUUAAGGAUAUGGGCAAAACAUUGGCCAAGUAUGUUGUUGUGUUUAAUUGCUCGGAUCAAAUGGAUUACAGAGGUUUGGGACGAAUCUACAAAGGUCUGGCGCAAUCCGGAUCUUGGGGUUGCUUCGAUGAGUUCAACCGAAUUGAGCUUCCCGUACUGUCCGUCGCUGCUCAGCAAGUAGCAGUCAUACUGACUGCCAAGAAAGAGAAAAAGAAACGAUUCAUAUUUACCGAUGGAGAUGAUAUCGAAAUGAAUUCUGAGUUUGGUGUGUUUAUAACCAUGAAUCCCGGCUACGCAGGUCGUAAGGAGUUGCCUGAGAAUUUAAAAAUCCAGUUUAGAACCGUCGCCAUGAUGGUUCCGGAUCGUCAGAUCAUCAUUCGGGUGAAGCUUGCCUCCUGCGGUUUUCUGGAGAAUAUCACACUUGCCAGGAAGUUCUAUACCUUGUACAAAUUGUGCGAAGAGCAGUUGACAAAACAGGUUCAUUAUGAUUUCGGUUUACGAAAUAUUCUGUCGGUGCUAAGAACGCUUGGAGCUGCCAAGCGCGUUAAUCAUAAAGAUAGCGAAAGCACUAUUGUGAUGCGUGUGCUCAGAGACAUGAACCUGUCAAAGCUGAUUGAUGAAGAUGAACCACUCUUCAUGUCUCUGGUGACGGAUUUGUUCCCCAAUCAGACCUUAGAGAAAACAAGCUACGGAGAACUGGAGACAGCCAUUCAAAUCCGCGUCGAACAAGCGGGUUUGAUCUACCAUCCUCCGUGGAUUCUGAAGCUGAUACAACUGUAUGAAACUCAGCAGGUUCGUCAUGGAAUCAUGACCUUGGGCCCGCCGGGAGCAGGCAAAACCUGCUGCAUAAGAAUAUUGAUGAAGUCCUUGACUGACAUCGGGCUUAUUCACAAGGAAAUGCGCAUGAAUCCGAAGGCUAUCACAGCCGCACAGAUGUUCGGCAGACUGGACGUAGCUACUAACGAUUGGACCGAUGGUAUCUUCUCGGCCCUCUGGCGGAAAACAUUAAAGGUGAAGAAAGGUGAACACACAUGGCUCGUACUCGAUGGACCGGUCGACAGUAUUUGGAUCGAAAACUUGAAUUCAGUGCUGGAUGACAACAAAACUCUGACGCUGGCCAACGGAGACCGUCUUUCAAUGGCACCGACGUGUAAAAUCAUAUUCGAACCGCACAACAUUGAUAACGCAUCUCCGGCUACCGUUUCCCGAAACGGUAUGGUAUAUAUGAGUUCAUCAGGCUUGGACUGGAAACCGAUACUACAUGCCUGGUUGAAAACCCGCAGUCCGUUGGAGAAAAAAGUAUUCAACGAACUGUUCGAUGGAUCGUUCCUCAAAAUAUACACCUGGGUUACGCAAAACCUAAUGCUGAUGAUGGACGUGCUGCAGUGCAAUUUCAUUCAACAGAUGAUCUACAUUCUGGACGGGUUGGUUCCUGUGACCGGGGAAAACGAGCAGGAGGUGGCAUUGUCUACUACCGGAAGUAUAGAUGAUGAUAUGAACGACGACGAGGUACCGAAACCGAAGGAUGAAGCCUGCACCCCGGAGCACUUAAAUCGUCUGUACGUGUUCGCCAUUGCGUGGGGUAUUGGAGCGUACCUCAACUCUGCGGACCGCCUUAAGUUGGACGCACACGUCAAGGCCAAGUAUCGCAAUCUGGAUUUUCCCACCGCCGAGGAGAAGCCAGAUUCGUCGAUAUACGAUUAUUUUGUGUCGGCAACGGGCAGUUGGCAGUUGUGGAAAACUCUGGUGAUGCCCUACGUAUACCCGGAGCACUCCACUCCGGACUACUUGAACAUUUUGAUUCCGAUCGUGGACAACGUACGCAUCGACUAUCUGAUCAACGUGAUCGUCAGGCAGGAGAAAGCCGUGCUGUUGAUCGGAGAACAAGGCACGGCCAAAACGGUUAUGAUGAAGAGCUUCAUGAAGAAGCUGAAUACGGAAACGCACAUGGGACGGUCGUUCAACUUUUCGUCAGCUACGAGUCCGUAUCAUUUCCAGAAAACGAUUGAGAGCUACGUGGAAAAACGAUUGGGCAAUAUGUUUGGACCGGGAGGUGGUCGCAAACUUCUGGUAUUUAUUGACGAUAUCAACAUGCCCCAGAUUAACGAAUGGGGUGAUCAGAUUACGAACGAAAUCGUCAGACAAACCAUGGACAUGAGAGGUUUCUACAGUCUGGAGAAGCCAGGCGAGUUUACAAAUAUUGUGGACGUCCAAUUUGCUGGAGCGAUGGGUUUACCCGGUGGGGGUCGAAAUGAUAUACCAGCUCGCCUGAAACGACAGUUCAGCGUGUUCAAUUGUAACAUUCCGGAUAAUACGUCGAUAGAUACGAUCUUCAGAACACUCGGCGAGGGUCACUACAAUGUAAAACGAGGAUUUUCAUUGGAGGUGCGCAAGCUUGUUAAACGGCUGGUGCCGCUCACUCGAGUCCUAUGGCAGCGCACAAGAGAGCAGCUACUGCCAACGCCUGCUAAAUUCCACUACGUAUUUAGCUUGAGGGACCUAUCACGAAUAUGGCAAGGAAUGAUCGGCACCUUGUCUACGGUGAUCACCUGCGAAUCGGUUUUGAUCUUACUCUGGAAGAAUGAAUGUACCCGGGUGUUCGCUGAUCGUUUUGUAUCGAUGUCAGACACGGAUUGGUUCCUGAAUCAGAUGCUUCAGGUGCUAGAGACAGACAUUGGGCCCGAGUACAGAGAGAUGGCCGGACCGAGUCCGGUGUUCGUCGACUUUAUGCGAGAUGCUCCUGAGCCAACCGGAGAGGAAGGCGAGGAAACAGAUAUGGAAUUGCCGAAGGUUUACGAGCCAGUGUCAGAUUUUAGUAUUCUGCGAGAACGUCUAAAAAUGUUUCUACUACAGUUCAAUGAAAUGAUUCGUGGAACUGGGAUGGACCUGGUAUUCUUCCCAGAUGCGAUGCUACACUUGGUGAAAAUAUCGAGGAUCAUUCGUCACCCGAGAGGAAACGUGAUGCUGGUAGGCGUCGGCGGGUCUGGAAAACAGUCGCUUACUAAGCUCGCAUCGUUCAUCGCUGGAUAUAAAACUUUCCAGAUCAGUUUAACACGCUCCUAUAACGUAGCAAACUUCCUUGAGGAUUUGAAACUGCUAUACCGCUCAUGUGGAGUACAGGGCAAGGGGACCACUUUCCUGUUUACCGACCUGGACGUAAAGGAAGAAAGCUUCCUAGAAUAUUUGAACAACAUACUUUCAUCGGGAGUAAUAUCGAACUUAUUCAACCGAGACGAACAGACCGAGAUCGUGUCCGAACUGACUCCGACAAUGAAGCGGGAGAACCAGAAGAAGAACGUGACACAAGAAACGGUGAUGGAAUACUUCCUGCAACGUGUAUGUCACCAUCUUCAUGUGGUAUUCUGCUUUUCCCCUGUCGGCGAGACUUUCCGACGCAGAAUUAUGCGGUUUCCUGCGUUGGUAUCAGGUUGCACGGUCGACUGGUUCCAACCUUGGCCGAAAGAUGCGUUGGUGGCCGUCGCCAGACAUUUCUUGACUGAUUUUUCAAUCGAGUGCACCCCAGAGGUAAAAGAUGAACUGGUGAGCGCACUCGGGACAAUACAAGACGUUGUGUCACAGACUUCUCUGGAGUACUACCAAAGAUUCCGACGAGCAACACACGUAACACCAAAGUCAUACUUAAAUUUCAUAGCAGGGUACAAGAACAUAUACACUCAGAAACACAAGGAGUUGUGCGACGGAGCGGAGAAGAUGGAUACUGGUCUGGAAAAGCUGGCCGAAGCUUCCGAGUCAGUCGAAAUUCUGAAGCAAGAGCUCGCUGUUAUGGAGAAAGAUUUGGUUGAGGCUUCCGCUAAAGCCGAGCGCGUAUUGGUGGAAGUGACGGAACGAGCCAUGCAGGCCGAAGUCUUCAAAAACCAAGUGCAGGUGGUGAAAGAAAAGGCCGAAGCAUUGGUGCAAAACAUUGCGGCAGAAAAGGGAUUUGCCGAAGAGAAAUUAGAAGCAGCUAAGCCAGCACUAGAAGAAGCAGAAGCCGCGCUCAAUACCAUCAAGCCAGCACAUAUAGCCACAGUUCGAAAGCUUGGCAGACCGCCUCACUUGAUUAUGCGUAUCAUGGACUGCGUAUUGAUUAUGUUCCAGCGUAAGUUGCAUCCGGUUAUUGCUGAUACUAGUGCGCCAUCACCAAAGCCAUCUUGGCAAGAAUCUUUGAAGAUGAUGGCCAGCACAACUUUCUUACUACAACUGCAAAAUUACCCGAAAGAUACCAUCAACGAUGAAAUGAUUGAGCACCUGCAGCCGUACUUCCGAAUGGAGGACUACAACAUGGACACAGCCAGAAGGGUGUGUGGCGACGUCGCAGGAUUGCUAUCCUGGACCAAAGCUAUGGCAUUCUUCCAUGGGGUGAACAAGGAAGUACUGCCACUAAAGGCAAACCUGAUGCUGCAGGAAGCUCGUCUGAAGAUUGCCAUGGACGAUUUGGCAGCGGCGGAGAACCAGCUGGCUGAGCGCGAAGCUGCCCUGCAAAAAGUGAAAGACCAAUACGAUGCAGCCGUUUCCGAAAAGCAACGGUUGACGGAUGCGGCGAACAGUUGUCUACGCAAAAUGACUGCAGCCACAGCGUUGAUCAACGGACUGGGUGGGGAGAAAACCCGUUGGACACAGCAGAGCAAAGAAUUCAAAAUUCAACUUGGAAAACUUGUAGGAGAUGUUCUCCUAGCAACUGGAUUUUUAUCUUACUGUGGCCCAUAUAACCAAGAAUUCCGCGGAACUCUAUUCAAGACAUGGAUGAACAUCUUGAGAACUCGAACCAUUCCGUAUACGACAGGGUUAAGUAUCAUCGGAAUGUUGACGGACUCUGCCACUAUAUCCGAGUGGAAUCUCCAGGGUCUACCAAACGAUGAGUUAUCUAUUCAAAACGCAUUGAUUGUAACAAAGUCCAGUAGUUAUCCGCUGUUGAUCGACCCCCAGAGUCAAGGAAAAAUCUGGAUCAAAUGUAAGGAAGACCAAAAUGAGCUUCAAAUCACAUCGCUCAAUCACAAAUACUUCAGAACCCAUUUAGAGGACAGCUUGUCCCUCGGACGUCCACUGUUGAUAGAAGAUGUUGGAAUUGAGUUGGACCCUGUCAUUGAUAAUGUGCUGGAGAAGAACUUCAUCAAAUCUGGAUCAAUGGAGAAAGUGCUCGUCGGUGAUAAAGAGUGCGAUGUGAUGCCAGGUUUUAUGUUGUAUAUCACCACCAAAUUACCAAACCCUGCUUUUAGCCCCGAAAUCAGUUCCAAAACAUCCAUUAUUGAUUUCACUGUAACCAUGCGCGGCCUGGAGGACCAACUGCUGGGUCGCGUGAUAUUGAUGGAGAAGGCCGAUCUGGAAUCGGAACGAGUGCAGCUAUUCGAAAGCGUUAUGAAAAACCAACGCAGUAUGAAAGAACUGGAAGCAAAUCUCCUUCUCCGUCUGACAUCUACCGAAGGGUCCCUGGUAGAUGACGAAGCUUUGAUAGAGGUGCUCCAAGAAACGAAAACUACCGCCGAAGACGUAAACCAGAAGUUGAAGAUCGCCGAAGUAACAGAGAAAAAGAUUAUGAUUGCCCGAGAAGAAUUCCGUGCGGUAGCAGCCCGCGGAUCUAUUUUAUAUUUCUUGAUCGUGGAGAUGUCAAACGUCAAUGUCAUGUAUCAAAACUCCUUGAAGCAGUUUUUGAUUAUCUUUGAUAACUCGAUCACUAAAUCUACCAAAAGCAACAUCACCGAGGAACGAAUUAACAUCAUUUUGCGGUACCUUACCUACGAGGUAUGGGCUUUUACAAGCCGUAGUUUAUACGAAAGACAUAAACAGCUAUUCACUCUCAUGCUGGCGGUUAAAAUUGACUACCAAAAGGGAAACAUUAGCCAUGAUGAGUUCAUGGCAUUCGUUAAGGGAGGUGCCUCGUUGGAUUUGAAUGGAGUCACUGCAAAACCUUUCAAAUGGAUUUUGGAUAUUACUUGGUUGAACUUGGUUGAAAUUAGUAAACUGAAAACAUUUAGCGGAAUCUUGAAAAAGAUAGAAUAUAAUGAAAGAGAUUGGAGAAUAUGGUAUGAGACUGAACGACCCGAGUUGGAAGUGAUUCCAUGUGAUUAUGAAAACGAGUUGGAUGUGUUUAGAAAGCUGUUGCUGAUCAGAUCGUGGAGUCCAGAUAGAACGGUGUCGCAAGCCCGACGUUACAUUGAAGUUUCCCUUGGAAAGGAAUAUGGAGAAAUGCACAUAUUGGAUUUGGACAUAACUUGGUCAGAAUCGGAGCCGCGAACUCCUCUGGUUUGUAUUUUGUCGAUCGGUUCCGAUCCGACCGUCCAAAUAGCGGCACUUGCUAAGUCGAAAGGCAUAGUCUUAAAGACAGUUUCCAUGGGUCAAGGUCAGGAAUAUCAUGCUCGUAAGAUGAUGACGGAUUGCAUGGCCUCAGGAGGAUGGCUAUUGCUGCAGAACGUCCACCUCUCCCUAACAUUCUGCAAUGAAAUUAUUGAUAUCUUAAUCGAAACUGAGCACGUUGCGGAUUCAUUCCGCCUUUGGAUAACAACCGAAACGCACCAGCACUUCCCGAUUGGAUUGCUCCAGAUGGCGAUCAAAUUUACCAAUGAACCACCGCAAGGCAUUCGAGCCAGUUUGAAACGUAGUUAUCUUACUUUUACACAGGAUUAUCUAGAUUACACUUCCGCACCCCAGUGGCCACCGUUGCUGUACACGGUGGCAUUUCUGCACUGCGUCGUCCAAGAGCGACGCAAAUUUGGACCUUUGGGUUGGAACAUACCGUACGAAUUCAACGCAGCGGAUUUCUCCGCUAGUGUACAGUUCAUUCAGAACCAUUUGGACGAAAUGGACCCCAAGAAAGGGGUGUCGUGGCAGACGCUUUGCUACAUGCUUGGCGAAGUCAUGUACGGAGGAAGAGUUACGGAUGACUUCGAUAAACGCCUACUGACCACCUUCACCCAGGUGUGGUUUUCGGAACAUCUACUUACUCCGAGUUUCGAGUUCUACAAAGGCUACCGAGUGCCGAACUCGCGAAACAUUCAAACCUACAUCGAUUACAUCAACCAGCUACCAACGACGGAUACUCCGGAGGUGUUUGGCUUGCAUCCGAACGCAGAUAUCACAUACCAAAUCAACACGGCCAAGGGCAUCCUGGAUACUAUUCUGAGUGUGCAACCGAAGGAAGGUGGUGGUGGGGCUGGUGAGACCAGAGAGUCGAUAGUCUGGCAGCUGGCAAGCGAUAUGUUGCGUAAGCUGCCUCCGCAGUACGUUUCGUUCGAAGUGAAGGAGUCGUUGACAAGGAUGGGAGCGUUGUUGCCGAUGAAUAUUUUCCUAAGACAAGAAAUCGACCGAGUGCAGCGCGUCAUCAACACCGUCUACACCAAUCUGUGCGACCUGAAGCUGGCCAUCGACGGGACGAUUGUGAUGAGCCAUUACCUGCGACAGUCACUGGAUGCGAUGUACGACGCUCGGAUUCCUGAAAAAUGGCAGAAGAUAUCAUGGGAAUCUACCACGCUUGGAUUCUGGUACACUGAACUGUUGGAACGAAAUCAACAAUUCCGUGCAUGGAUUAGCAGCGAUCGUCCAAAGGUUUUCUGGAUGACCGGAUUCUUCAAUCCUCAAGGAUUCCUAACAGCCAUGAGACAGGAAGUUACUCGGGCCCACAAGGGAUGGGCUUUGGACUCGGUGGUACUGCAGAAUCAGAUAACCCGUUACAACAAGGAGGAUAUCCACGACGGACCGCAGGAGGGUGUUUACGUUUACGGUCUAUUUUUGGAAGGAGCGUCCCUCGAGCGCCGAUCCGGUAAGCUCAUCGAAUCCAAGGCAAAGGUUUUGUACGAGCAGAUGCCAGUGAUCUACAUCUAUGCGAUUAACACGACCGCCGGCAAAGAUCCCAGACUGUAUGAAUGCCCUAUUUACCGCAAGCCCCAACGAACGGAUCAGAAAUACGUUGGCUCAAUUGAUUUCGAAACGGAUUUCAACCCCCGACACUGGACACUGCGCGGAGUGGCAUUACUAUGUGAUAUCAAAUAAUUAUGGACACGGUACAACCGUGUAUUGAUUUACUCAGCUUUAAAUGUCGCACUUGUUUGUUGUUUCUGGUUUAUAGCACUUUUAACUAUUUCUGAAAAAGAUGAAAACCCUUGUAUGACUUUAAUUGCCGCAAAGAAUGGAAAGAGCACCUACCAGAAAAAAUACAAAAUGUAGAAAAAAAGACUUUAUGUCAGAAAUAUAAUCUUAAAGGUGUUCCUAGAACAUCCUUCUUUGCGAAACAUCUCCAA